GCAAGUGUGUAUGCUGUAUAGUGUAUACUUUUCCAAAUUUAAAUUUUGGAAGAAUUGUCUGUUAGCUUUUUUAUUUCCCUUCUCUCUUCUUUUGAAUUUGUCUUAUUGUUGUUUGGGUUCCGGUUUUUGAAUUCUAUGGGCAUUAUAAAGAAAUUUUCUCCUCCCACAGACGCGCAGACAGUAAUUUCUGCAGCGCCCUGCUACCGUUUUUCAAGGCAAUAUAGUAUAUUAUAGCUGCUGUUUUCAGGUUGUGAACAUCAUAUAGAAGGGUCAUAUGUUUUUAUAUUGCUUAGAAAUUUAGAGUUAAGCUAGUUUAUAUGGAGUUUCGGGUCAAGAUUUGAUUUUGUUUGGUUCCACAUAGUUUGAGUUUCAGCACAAUUUGGUUAUCGCUUAAGGCUUAAGCUGGAAGCAGCACUGUGCACUUUGCCUGUAAGGUGUUUGUGGAAUUGAAUGUUAGUUUUUACAAGUAAAGAUGGCAUCUUUUAGUGGUUUGGGUAUUGGUUUGAGCUUUGUGUUCGGUUGUAUUCUGAUGGGGCUUGUUGGGGAGUUGUAUUAUCUGUUGUGGGUGAAGAGAAGAAUCAGAGGCAGAGAGAAGGAGGAUAAUGGAGACACCCCCAAGAGUGCGAGUGAGUUUGGUUUUCUUUUUUGUUGGAAGAAACCCAGGUCUGGGAUUGGCAGAACAGGGACACAAGAGCUCACAAACUCUGUGAGGAACCCAGAAACCAUCUGCCAAAACAAAGACUUGGAGGUGGGCACAGGGAAGGAUUCACUGCUGAAAGGAUAUGGGGAAGAAGGUGUGGAGUCAGAGCUGAUGAGGCUGCACAAUCUGUGUGGCCCUCCUAGAUUUCUUUUCACCAUUAAGGAAGAAACCAAGGAAGAUUUGGAGUCUGAGGGGGGGAGAAGUAGAAAGGGCUCAAGAACUAGGAGCCUGAGUGACCUAAUCAUGGCUGCAGAUACCCCAUUGCUUUCCCCUAUGUCUUCACCACCAUCCAAACCUCUGCCUAUAGAUUCUUUCAGCCUCCAUGGAUUCAACCCUCUCUUUGAAUCCUCAACAGAUGCAGAGCUCAACCGCCUCAAAUCAUCACCCCCUCCAAAGUUCAAGUUCCUGAGAGAUGCUGAGGAGAAGCUCAUUAGAAGACUAGUGGAGGAAGCAGAGAGAACUGCCCUCAGGAGCAGUGGGGGUUCACUUCAAGAUUUCACAGCAAAACCACCUUCCAAUCCACCAGUGGCCACUGAAGAAAAAGCUGGUUCGUUUAUGUCUUUUCUUGUUAGGAGCAAAGAAAGAGAGCUUCAACAGCCAUUGCCAAUGUACCAUUCAACUCCUUCUCAGGUACUUCCAUUGGCUUCUUCCCCUUCAACAUUCAGACCACUUGAAAGCAUAUCUGCUAUGCAAUAGUCCCAUGAAAAUGGAUUAGAUGAUUCUUUUUCUAUUUGUCAUCUUUCUCCCUUAACCAGAAUGAUAGUGCUUACUUGCUAUGUAUGUAUUAAGUUAGUCUCUGAUGAGAAAAUAGAUUAGAUUACAUUGUGAACCUUUUUCUGAAUUCUUACUCUUUUUCUUUAAUUGCUUUGGGAAGCAAUUAAUUAAGCUUUACUUCUCUGUCUUUCCUGUUUCCUGAGUUUCCAAUCCUGACAAGGGUAUUUGUUGAUA